UGCCCAGGGUCUGUGCUGGUGCUCCAGGCCUGAGCUCCCAUGAGCCGAACUCCAGCCCUCGGGAAGAUGCUGAGGAACGACAGUGGAGAACAGAGCCAAUGAGCACCAACCUCUGCAGGGCUGUCCACUCCCCACAGGUAUCUCACAGAGCACAGGGAAAUCUUCCUGGCAGCAAGGUCUGACUCAUAAAGAAAGUGAGGAGAAGGGAGAAGAUGAGGCGACCAGGACUGGGCUGAAAUGGGGAAGCGUCGUGUGGCAGCAACGGCACCUGACAAGAGAUGUUAAUGCCAUGGAUUGGUGAGCAUCCUCAGAGUCCAAGAGCAUUUUCUGGGGAAUUUGAAACUCCUGCAUCGAGAAGAGAGAGGAACUGUUGAGCAGUGGGAUGUGUGUUGGGAAGAGGAUGAGCCCUUGGUAGCUGGGUGCUGAGGAUGCCGAGCAUAUUUUCUUACCAGAGUGCCGAGGUGGAUUGGUGUGAGGGCAACUUCGAGCGCUCGGCGGUGAUUGCAGAAUACUACAACACCAUCAGCAAUGUGAGCUUCUUUGUGCUGUCUCCUGCGCUGCUGUACCUGAACCGGCAGUACUGCCAGAAGAAGGCUGUGCCCCUCUACUUUGUCUCAGGGCUGCUCCUCCUCAUAGGUGUCUUCUCCAUGUACUUCCACAUGACCCUGAGCUACGUGGGACAGCUCUUGGAUGAGCUCUCCAUCCUCUGGUCGCUGGCUGUGGCUUAUUCCUUCUGGUACCCACAGGUUUACUUCCCCAAGUGCAUCAAGACCAGGAGACAUUUCUACUGGCUGACUGGUACCACCACCGUGAUCAGCACCUUGAUGUCUUUCAUCAAGCCCACCCUCAAUGCCUACGCGCUCAACUGCAUCGCCUUCCACCUGCUGUACCUGACCUGGAGGGAGCUCAAGAAGUGCAAUGACAAGCGGGUUCACCGGAUGGCCGCGGUCAUGGUGAUGUGGUGGGUACUGGCCAUCACCAGCUGGAUCAGUGACCGCUGGCUCUGCUGGCUCUGGCAGGCCAUCAACUUCCCCUACUUCCACAGCUUCUGGCACGUGCUGAUAGCCAUGUCCCUGCUGUACUGCUGCCCGCUGGUCAUGUACUUCGACAUCACCUACGAGAUGCCCUCGUUCAGGCCAAAGCUGGAAUACUGGCCCAGUGACUCGUGGCCCAUUGUGGUGCCCUACAUCGCUCUGGAGGAGCCCCACAAGCAGUGCUAGAGCUGGGUGCCCUCAGGCCUCCCUGGGGCACGGGGUGUGUGAUGCUCACACGGGGAACAUCUCGGCUGUGUUCCUCCUGUUCCUCAGGCAGGGGCAGUGUGGUAGUGGAAGGGGCAGGGAGCAGCUGAGGCCUCGUGAUGCUGGACAUGAAGCAAGGUGGGAGCCCACAGGUGCCUCGGAAGGCUCUGCCAAGACUGAUGUUCAGGGAGCUGGAGAUUUCCUCCAGCAGAUCCCCACGAUGCGGGGAGGGACACGCUGCUGCUUCUGUGUCCUCUGUGUUAGUCAAGCACCAGCACCCCUUGCUGACAAGGGCACAGCAGAGAACACUGAAGCCAAACUGGUGACAGCUGGGUUUGUUGGGGCUGUUCUAAUUAUUGUUAUUAUUAACUCUAUUUAUUGAUGUAUGUGGUCUUACUCAGGAGAGCUGUGCAUUAAAGCUGUGGACGCUGA